AUGUCCCCACUGAUUGAUGACAAUGUUUUUCUUAUAGAAAUCUACAUAGAAAGCUCAAUAAUAAAAGGACCAAUAUUCCCUCUCUCGCUCGCCAUCUCCGCAACUUACACCUCUACCUCCUCAGUACACUUUAUCACCAUGCUUGAACACGGGUUCUUAAGCGAGGUACAGCUAUUAAUGCUUGUACUUCUUAUCGACACCUGCGCUAUUAUCAUUCGCGUCUCAGAGGGGGAAUGGACGCCGACCUCAAAGCGCUUUCUGCUGUGUAGCGCGCUAUACGUCGAACCACAUAAGAGAGUCGGCUACAUUACACUUUUGACUGAGUGUGAUGGCCCAGGAUCCAACCUCACGGCUACUCUUGGCCCUGUCAAUGCUGCCCAUGUCUCGCAAUUCGACACCCGUCGCGAGAUUAAUGUAAUGAUGUGGACUGCUGUCGCUGCGGCUGGAGGUACUGUUAUUAUGGGAGUGUUGUGUUAA